UCUCUUUUGCAGAUUGUAUCAUUUUUGGUGUUUCUAUUCCAUAUUCCGCACUUUGCAUUCUCAACCUUCUUCAAAAACACUCGAAUUGAUCAAGAAACAAUACGUAGUUUCAUGCCCAGAAGAUUGCAUCAUGUUGGUAAAAUCCACUACAUUUUCUGGUAUCUGCAAUUUGUCUCUCAAACCUUGUAAUUGAGGAAGCCCAAGUUCUAAACCUGCUGAUUGUAUCAUUUUUGGUUUUUCUAUUCCAUAUUCUGCAACUUGCAUUCUCAACCUUCUUCAAAACCUCUCAAAUUGGUCCAGAAACAAUAGUUCCAUGCCAGAAGGGGCUCCCAAAUGGACAGCAUAAAAUCAGCCAUUGAUAUUGUGAAGGACGUUGGCCCUACCGUUCGGAGAUAUGUCAAGUAUCAAUUUUGUCCCAAAGAUUACGUGGAUCAAUUCGUAGAAGUGCAAGAGAGGCUGGAGCGCCAACUAGAUGACGUUGAGGCAAAAUUAAACACACAACUUAACCAGCCCGGCAAGAAAGCAGCGAGCCAAGUUGACCAUUGGCGGGAGGAAGUACGCAAAGAAACUGCUGUAAAGGUUGAAGAUCUGACCUGUAAAGGAGGCUGUUUCACAUAUAUUUGCUCAUCAAGAAAGCUCGAUAAAAAGACUCAAGCACUGAAUAAAGGAAUAUGUAUGCAGGGAGAAAAUUACACUAAUGAUGGACAGAGUUUGGUCAUAGAUGAUCACUCAAUUGAGUAUUGCAAAAGUGUAUUAAAAAAAGAGCAAGAGCAGCUGAAGCUUCGGCAAAAAGACAUUGAGGCAAGAUUGGAGACUCAACGUAUGCAACCUGGAAAGAUUGCAAGGAAGGAAGUUGAAGAUUGGAUGCAGAAAUCAUGCCAUCAAAUUGCUAUAAAGGUUGAAGACCUUAUCAGCCAAGGGGGAUGUUCUUCAUCGUCCAACCUCGAGAAAAAGAUUGAAGAAUUGAAGCAAAUAUUUAAUCAAGGAGAAAAAUACACUAAUGCUGGUGAGAGUUUGGUCGUAGAUGAUCACUCAAUGGGGUAUUGUGCACCUGUGUUCAAAGAAAAGCAAGGGAGGCUGAAGCACCACAAGGAACUCAUUGAAGCAAAUUUGAAGACUCAGUGCAUGCAGCCUGGAAAUAUUGCAAGGAAGGAUGUUACAGAGUGGCUGGAGAAAGCAGGCCAACUGAUUGCCAUAAAGGUUGAAGAUCUGAUCAGCAAAGGGGAAUGUUCCUCAUCAACCAACCUCUGGAAAAAAAUUGAAGAAUUGAGGCAAAUAUUUGAGCAAGGAAAAGAAUUCACUAAUGCUGGUGUGACUUUGGCCAUAGAUGAUCACUCAAACAAAGGAGUUCCACUACUUGUUGAAGAAUGCAGGGGCAGGGAUGAUAUACAAGAUCAAAUUCUGGAAUGGUUGAAGGGAGAUGAGGUUACAAGAAUUGCAGUUUCAGGAAUGGGCGGUGUGGGCAAGACAACAAUUAUGAAGCAAGUUCACAACCAACUCUUGACGGAACCCAAAUUUAACAAAGUUAUUUGGGUAAAAGUGUCAAGAGACUUUGACAUUAUUGUCCAGCAAAGAAAGAGGUUUGAUAUUCUCAAGUUUCAGAAAAGGAUUGCAAGUAGCUUGGGAUUAGAACUGAAGCCCGAGGAUCAUGAGAAUGAAACCAAGCUUGCAGGAUUGAUUUCACAAAGGUUGAGGCAAGGCAACUCUCUGCUAAUUCUAGAUGAUGUGUGGCAGCAAUUUUGUCUAGAAGAUGUUGGAAUUCCUAUUCUAGAUGGAAAUAAUGGUUGCAAGUUAAUACUCACAACGCGGUUACAAGAAGUUGCUCGUGCAAUGGAGUGUGAGGUGAUCUCUGUGAAUCCUCUUCCACCUAAAGAAGCAUUAGCAUUAUUCUUGGAGAAAGUUGGAAGUGCAGUGUUGUCAGAUGGCAGAAUUAAAGUAGAUAUAAAGCCAUUUUUGGAGCAAAUUUUGCAGAAAUGUGGUGGAGUACCUCUUGCUAUAGUGACAGUGGCAAAAUCAAUGAGAGGGAAAUUACUUCCCCGUCAGUGGAAGUUGGCACUUUUUGAAUUUAGUAAAUUUGAAAGCAUUAUUGAUUGUUUGAAAUUCAGUUAUGAAUCCCUAGAACCACAAUGCCAAGAGUGUUUUCUAUACUGUGCAUUGUAUCCUGAAGAUGCUGAAAUCUACAAGGAGGAGUUAAUUGAGUAUUGGAUUGAGGAGGGGCUUAUAUAUAAAGAAGGGAUAACUAGGGAGGCAAUGCAUUGGAAAGGUCAUGAUAUACUUGAUAAGCUAGUUGACAACUGCUUGUUGCAAUCGGUUAAAAAUAUAGACAGAAAAGAAUGUGUGAGUAUGCAUGAUCUUCUCCGAGAAAUGGCGCUGGAAAUUAGCCAAUUUUUUGUGAAAGCUGGCAUUGCCUUGGAAAAGCUACCAGAAGAGGAUGAAUGGAGAGAUCGUUUGAAGGUUUCUUUAAUGAGGAAUCACAUAACAGAAAUUCCUUCAAGCAAGCCGUCUCCAAAGUGUCCUAUGCUGACAACCUUGCUAUUGUCCAAUAACAAGAUUUCAACAAUUCCAGAAGCAUUUUUUGAGCAUAUGCUUCAACUCAAGAUUCUUGAUCUUUCCAACAAUAGGGAGCUAAGCAGGCUGCCGACUUCUGUUUCCAAAUUAGAGAAGCUUACUACGUUAUUGCUGGGGCAUUGUGAAUCCUUAAGUGAGGUACCAUCUUUAUCUAGCCUUGUAGGCUUAAAAAAGUUGGACCUUUCUUUCACAUCAAUUGAAGAACUACCUCAGGGCCUCUCUAUGUUAACAAAUCUAAAAUAUCUUAGUCUUGCUGGAAGAUUAUCUGGAACACUUGAUGAACUGCUACAAAAUCUCUCCAAACUUCAACAUUUAGUAGUAGAUAGCCAAAAAAAAUUUAAAUUGGAGAAGCUUGAAACUUGGGGGAAGCUUCAAAACCUUGAGAAGUUGGAUCUUUGUAAUUUGGAUAAAAUAAAGAAGUUAUUCUCAGUUAGGUGGUUGGGGUAUCUCCAGAAAUUACAGACUAUUAAAGUUAUUGGGUGCGGGCAACUGGAGGAGAUAAUAGGGUCUGAUUCUGAAGGAGGAGAAAAAGUCACUCUACCCAAGUUAGAAAGCUUGACAUUAGUGGCAUUGCCCCAGUUAAAGAGCAUCUACAGUGGUUCCAAUACCGUUUUGAUUUGUGAUUCCAUCAAGGAGAUAGAUAUUGAGAGUAGUAAUAUAGAGAGUGUUUUUGGGUCAGGGUUCAACCCACUUCCAAGUCUUGAAUCUCUACGCCUUCGGUGGGUCGACAAUCUGAAAUGUGUGUUUGAUGAAGAAGGUCUUGGUUUAUCGCCACUUGUACCUCCCACAAGCUCCUUCUCUCUUAAAGAAAUUGAGAUUUAUAUGUGUGAUCAUUUAAAAAAGGUAUUCUCAUCUGGACGGCUGCUCUGCUACUUCCAAUCUCUAGAGACUAUAGAGGUUCGAUUUUCUCCGCAGAUAGAGGAGUUGAUAUCGUCAUCAGCACAUCAAGAAGAAAAAGUCACUCUACCCAAGUUACAAAGCUUAUAUUUGGACUUUUUGUCCGAAUUGAAAAGCAUCUACAGCGGUUCCAAUGUGUUGAUUUGUGAUUCCAUGGAGAGUCUGGUAAUUGAAGGCUGUGAGAAGCUAAAGAGGAUUCCUUUGAAUUUUCCCCUACUUGAUAAUGCCCAAUCAUCUCAUCCUCCUUCCCUCAAAAAAAUUAGGGUAUACCCAAAAGAAUGGUGGGAAUCAUUGGAAUGGGACCAUCCCAAUGCGAAAGACAUCCUUUUACCCUACUGUGAAUUUUCAGAGAUCUAUUAGUUUCCGUGGCAGUACGCACCACAAAUCAAAGUUGGAAUUUGGCUUUGUAACCACAAGAGAGUCGAAGGAAAUCACAUUUGCACCUGUUGCUGUUGCUGUUGGGUCUUCAAUUUAAUAUAAAUUUGAUAUUCUUUGUUUUUGCUUUUGCUGUGUCUAUAUUGUGUGUUUAAAUAUGUCAAAAUCUAAGUAGAAAUAUUUGUUUCUUUAUUUUGUGUGUAAUUUUGUCUUUGUCAUUGUGUGCAAAAAAGACUUGAAAUUAAUUAGGAUCUAUCUA